AUUCCCCCGCCCUGAGCUCAGCGGGCGGGAAUGCGGCCGAUAAAUCAGAGAUAACCCCAGGCGCGGGAUAAAAGGCCGACGUUGGCGAAGGAUCCAGGAGAGCGCCCGCGGGACCCGAAGAGGUGAGACGCGACCUGGGACGAAGCGCAGCAGCGGCGGCGACAAUCUCUUUCUCCACUUCUCUCCAGCGACAUGGACCCCCAGACCGCGCUGCUCCGGGCCCUCCCGCUCGUCCUGUUCUUGCUACUAGGAGGUCGUUCCCACCCGCUGGGUGGGCCUGGCCCCGCCUCCCAGCUGUCCGCAAUGCAGGAGCUGCUGGACCACCUGCGGGACACAGUUUCAGAGCUGCAGGCCGAGCAGAUGGCCCUGGGACCCCUCCAGCAGGACCACAGCCCCACAGAAGCCUGGGAGACCCAGGAGCAACCACCUGCCAGGGCCCUUGGGCCCAGUGACAAUGUCCUCCAGGCCCUGAGAAGACUACGCAGCCCCAAGAUGAUGCGCAAGUCAGGGUGCUUUGGCCGGAGGCUGGACCGGAUCGGCUCCUUCAGUGGCCUGGGCUGCAAUGUGCUGAGAAGGUAUUAAGAGGAAGCCCUGGCUGCAGAGACCUGCAUCUGACUCUUCAAAGGCCCCCCUGAGCUCUUUGAGGCAAUUUGUAUUUAUUUGUAUUUAUUUAUUUAUUUAUUUCAAUCAUUUUAUGUAAGACGGUUCUGACCUCCGAGCACAAAUUUUCCAUGGUGAAAUAAAGCCAACGUUAUAGGUUCUUUUGAAACUGAUUUGUCCCAGUGCAUUGAGUAAUAAAUCAUUUAAAAAACAAGAACUAGGGGCACCUGGGUGGCUC